AUGCUGAAUGUAGGAGAAGUGAAUCUUGAAAAUCUUCUUUACAUGAUACUUCCACCAUCUACUCUCUCCAUUAUUUCCUUCACAUCGAGAUGGCAGUACCUUCGAUCAAAGCUUGGUACAUUAAAAUCAAUUCUUUCUGAAAUCUCGGAUUCCUCGUACUGGGCCGACAACCCUUUACAGGGUACCCUUCUCCCCGAUCUUCUCCUGACUCUCCACCGUGUCGAAAUCCUGUGCAAUCAGUGUUCCGAUCCUUCAUUUACUGUCGGGAAACUCCUCAUGCAAUCAAACCUUGACAUGGCCUCUGGUUGGCUUUCGAAGCAAACCAGGGAUUUUAAGCUCCUUAUCCGCUCUGGGGACCUCUUUACAAGGCUUAAGAUCGGAGUUCUUGAGUUCAAGCGCAAGGCAUUGGAUUCAUUAAUUCAACUCCUUUCUGAGGAUGAAAAUUCUGGGUGUGUUGUUGCUAAAGAAGUUAAUUUGAACUGCUUGAUUCACUUACUCGAUCCCAUUUAUCCGACUUCUGUGAGAGAUCUGGCUGUUGUAGCAGUGUCAAUGCUUGAUUUAGUAAUGGCUUUUGGGGGUGAUUUGAACAGUGCUUCCGAUAAAGAAGAUGCCACAUUCAAUGAUUCCGAUUAUAGCCUUGGUGAAGAAGACGACAUUCUCUUUGAAGAAAACGUUACCCAUAAUAUUGAACUGGACAUGAGGAAUGAGAUAGUGUCGUUGGAAGCAGCAUAUAAAUCUGAAAAUUCUGAAUAUGCACCCUCAGAUGACCUUCGAAGCGUUCAUUCUGAUAGUGACGAAGACGUUGUUACAUACCCUGAAUUUAAUGGUGAUGUAGAUAUGGUGGAUCCCGUGCUUGAGGUUGGACUGAAGUUUAGGUCCAAAAAGGAGCGAUUUGUCUAUUUACAACCCACUACUGUUGAUGCUGGAAUUGAACAAGGUGCAGCACGACAUUUUCUUUCCCAGCCUAAGCCAAGGCCAGGAGGUAGUGGAAGUUCAAACUCGACGCCAACUCUUAGCGAAGCAUGGAACAACUUAUGA